UCAGUCUUAAUGCAAACACCUUCAAGAAGACUGUAACAUUCGGAAGGAACAUCACAUACUCCGUAGAAGAAAGAUACUAAAAACUAUUUUCAGAUCUGACUCUUUGGAGCAUCUUUGACUACAUGUGCUAAUGCGUUUGGUGCUCCUGUGUUUAACAAAUAGUUUGCGAAUUUUAGUCUGCGAAUCGAGUUAGAGUAUGAGUCAUGUGAGAUUUGUAGCUCUUUAAUUGCCUUCAAACUAGACGAAUUAAAGCCCUUGUUAAGGCGAGUGAGUGACUAAAUAAGAAGAAAAGUAGCGUUGAGCGUUACUUUGCUUGAGUGAAAUUGACAAAUUAAGCGAGGAGAAAAUAACAACGAGAAAUUCAGGAGAAGCAUUGACGAGUCACGAGCUUCAAUUAAACUAAAUCAUAAAUUAUUACAAAGAUAAUCAGCUCAGUCCUUAAAAAUCUUUCAAAACGGCUGGAAGUACGAAGAAAAGUGCUAGUGUAAGCACAUUCAUGCAACCAGAGGCGGACAAAGUACAUCGAAGUCAUUCAUUCUGUACAGCAAAAGGUGCCAAAAUGCCGUCAAAUGCGGGGAUCGAGCUGGAAAUCCCUGUAGAAAACAAGGCAUCGACGGACAGCAUUGGGUCAAGAAGCGAUAACUCGGGGACUACACAAAUAGCUUCGCCACAACGACCAAAGGUCGAUGUGGCGUUUGUUAUCGAUUUGCAAAAUCCCAUCAAUCUCGCCCAGAGAAAGCAAGCAUUUGAAGAUGUUAAAAAUGCAUGCUCUACUUUAAACGCUAAUUGCCAUCAUGUUCAGUUUGAGAAAUUGGAUUUUGGAGAAGCCAACGUGCUUGAAACAAUGUAUAAUGCUGACAUUGCGUUGAUUGAUUUGUCCAUCGAUAUUCAGAAAAAUACGCUGUUUUACCAUUUGGGCGUACGAGAAAGUUUUGGGAUGAAAGAGAACAUUCUCACGUAUAACGAUUUUGAAACAGAAAUAGCAAUGCCAUUGAAAUUAUCAUGUACAAAUUACCCGGUGGUGACAUACCGAACUUUGGAGUGUGGUUCUUGCGUUGUGACAAUGCCUACUGCAAUAAUAUCAAGUGGAGAAGAUACCGGCGUGGAGACGAAAAUGCCAUUAUCACACAAAAUUAAAAGAUUGCUGCAAGAUGUGGAAAUUCAAUCCAAGGCGCACAUAAAAGAAAAAUUUCUUACCGAUCUUCGCAAAACCCGAGAGAGUCUCACAGGAAAGGAGUUAUCAAAAGCUUUACACGCCAUGAAAAAGCGGUUGGACGACCCCAACGUUAUUUCUGGCGACGUUGUUCACAAUAUCCUCGUCUCGUUCAGAGACAUUCAAGACUACGAUGCAAUGGUCAAUCUCGUCGAUAACUUGGAAUUUCUCAAGUCAAUCCACAAUUACAAAAACUGUAUCAACACGCCGGCCAUAAAACAUUUGUAUGCGUUUGCUCUCAACAGGAGAAACAAAGAAGGAGACCGUGAGAAAGCAUUGCAAGUAAUUACAAAAGCUUUGGAAAAGAAGGAAAACCAUGUCCCUGACCUGGUCUGCCUAUGUGGUCGAGUGUAUAAAGAUAAAUUUGUCGAGUCAAGUUACACGGACAAAGAAAGUUUAGAACAUGCAAUUCAUUGGUAUCGGAAAGGUUUCGAAGUUCAGCCGAAUGAAUAUGCGGGGAUCAAUUUGGCCACUUUAUUGGUCGUCAGUGGCAAAGAAUUUUCAGAAAGUGAAGAACUCCAACAUAUUGGAAUGGUGCUAAAUAAUCUCAUUGGAAAGAAAGGUAGUCUAGCUUCGCUUACUUACUGGGAUAUCGCAACUUUUUUCGAAAUCAGCGUGCUGGCCAAGAAUUACGGAAAAGCAAUACAAGCCGCAGAAUGCAUGUUUAAAUUGCAACCACCAAAUUGGUAUUUACAAUCGACAAUUGGAAACAUCACGCUUAUCAAGCAGUUUCGGAAACAAACCGAGGCCGAGACACCGGAAGAAGUGAUUUUCGGUUUCUGGACAGAGUAUUUUGUCGAUGCAACCAAAAGCGAUGUGGGCGAUACGAUUAGGAUUCCUAUUCUCAUCCUGGAACCCUCUCGUGUUUUUAUGCCAAGCUUUGUCAUACUAAAUCUUGGAGCAGAACAGAAAUCUCUAAAUAUUUCAAACAUUUGUUUAAAAUGUCUCAAGUCAAGUUGUAAACAACGACAUGACUGGCUUUUCACGGCUGACAUGAUCAAAUCCUGUUCACUUUACAAAAGAGAUGAUCGAUGCGUCUUCUUGUACGUCCACGAGAACUCUGACGACUUUCACAUGUACUUUCCCAACAGCCUAUUUCGGGAACAUUUUUAUAAUUUGGUGCUGAAAAUCACUGCCGAUCAAGCAAAUAAAUUUACUGAUUUGGAUGCUGUCAUGCCCGAAGAACAAAUUAGAUACGAAUACGAACUGGAUGACCAAAGUAAGAAAGUGAUCUUGGGAAAGGGGACUUACGGCAUCGUUUACGCAGCCCGAGAUCUCAACACUCAAGUUAGAAUUGCAGUUAAAGAGAUUCCAGAAAAGAAUUUGGGGGAGGUUCAACCCCUCCACGAGGAAAUCCGUCUCCACUCCCAGCUCAGACACAGGAACAUUGUCCAGUAUCUUGGAUCAGUCUCGGAAGAUAAUAUUUUCAAAAUAUUCAUGGAGCAAGUUCCCGGAGGAAGUUUGUCCGCCCUGUUGCGCUCGAAGUGGGGGCCACUCAAAGGGAGCGAGUCCACAAUUGCUUAUUACACGAAACAAAUAUUAGAAGGGCUGAAAUAUCUUCACGACCAAAAAAUUGUGCACAGGGACAUCAAGGGGGACAACGUUCUUGUGAACACGUACUCUGGCGUUGUGAAAAUAUCCGAUUUCGGUACAUCAAAACGGUUGGCUGGGUUGUCACAACUCACAAAAACCUUUGCUGGGACCCUGCAGUAUAUGGCGCCCGAAGUAAUCGACAAGGGCCAACGAGGUUACGGUGCGGCUGCGGAUAUUUGGUCGUUGGGAUGCACCAUUGUGGAAAUGGCAACUGGAAAACCACCAUUCAUUGAGCUCGGUUCGGCUGAAGCUGCAAUGUUUAAAGUCGGAUUUUAUAAGAUGCAUCCACAAAUUCCGUCAGAAAUGAGUGAGCGUGCGAAAAGUUUCAUUCUUCGAUGUUUCGAACCUGAUCCGGACAAACGUGCAGGAGCAUCUGCAUUACUCGAAGAUCCAUUUUUGACAGAAUCCGGUCGUAAAAAGAAUAUUAGAGCCACAGCCACUCAAGAAUUUGCAAGAAGCAUCUCUGUCCCUGCAGAUCGCAUCAUUGCUGCAGAAAAGAGCAGGAGACAAGCCCUUUCCAACGAGGAGUGCUCCUCCCCCAAGAAGAGUCCUUCAAAUACUGUGGGAGGUUGUUCACCCUCUUCUCCAUACUUCUCGUCCGACUCUGCGAUAUCAUUUGCGAGUACAAAUACCAACAUUUCCGAAUAUGACGAGUCUAAUCGGAGAGGUUCAAAUGGUCAAAUGGUUCCAAUUUCUCCCGACACCGAACUGUCAAAAACAAGUCCGAAUGUUGGAGAAGGCGGAGAACAGGACACGUUUUAUUUGCUAAAGAAAGAAUCACAACGAAGAACGACACUCAAUAAAGUAUUGACACAGGACGAAAAGAGAAUUGUGGACGUUUGGACUCGAAAUUAUGAACGCGAUGUGGACGGGGCAAUACUCAAGAGGGAACACAUUGUUCGCAUUCUUCACGGUCUUCGAGAAUUUAUUGAGACGAAUGAUAGAAGAAAACUGGAAGAAUUCAUAUCCAACUUUAAGCAUGAUUUAUCUCUGGACACAAACGGAGUAAACCAGAUGCACUUGGCAAUUUUUUUAUUCAGAGAUGCUGUGAACAACGCGUUGAGAUCACACAAUAUAAAACCGCAUUGGAUGUUUGCUCUGGAUGCAUUAACAAGCUCAGCGAUUCAGACAGCAAUUCACAUUUUAUCACCAGAACCAGGACGAGAUAAUCGUGAAGGGGGUGGCUCUGACGGUAUCGGUUCGACAUCUGGGGUAUCAACCGUGAAUUCUCUAAAGUCUCACAAAGCAUUGGAUUUUUCCUCAAAAAUGCAUUCCGAAUAUCACGAACAACUUGACACCCUUCGCCUUGAAAACGAGAGAUUAUUAUCUGACCUCCUUGAAGCCCAGAAAUCGUAUCAAACCAUUCUCAGAUCCAGUCUGGAUGAACAAAAACUUCACUUACAACUACUCAGCCAAACCGCACAACAAAUGCGAGUCUUUGGACAAUUGAUAACUUUAACCCCACCGACAAUCAUUCGUUCAUCCGAGACAGGCUUUAGUUCUCAUCACACAAUUAAUUCGGAGGACGACCUCAGUUCUCAAGCCGGUGUUGCAGACAUUCUCCCUGAAGGCACUUCGGGAAAUGGAGACAACGUCACUGGAUCAGCAAACUCGUCUUGUUGUCAUCAACACAACGCUGCUCAGUUACCGUUAAAUGUGAGAGACCCGAGAUUGAUCGAGUACCUCUCAGAGUUGCACUUGGAUCGAAUGUCGAUUGAAAAAUUUCUCCAAGAGGAAUACACGUAUGACGACGUCUUUCACUACAUGACCAGAGAAGAUAUUAAAAACUUGAAGUUAAAAGGUGGCGUGGAACUCCGCAUAUGGAAAGCCAUUGUAAAGCAUCGACGAACUCUCGGCCUAGAUCCGGACGGUCACCGACAAGCAACUCCAGGAUCGGCAGACAUAUCUUCGACAGAUUUAUGACAAUCAAAGUAAUAUGAUUAUAUAUGAUAUAUGACAAUCUUCUCGACCACCACAAACGCCAUAAAAAUUGCAAUAUUGUGACAUAUUCCCGGUGCCAAAUUAUCGUAUCUUACAUAAAAUACGAAAAAUAUUAGCUAGAAAUAUAUUUUCUCAUUUAUAAAGUGACAAAAAACUAAUGGCUUUCGGUUGUGGUGAAUAAAUUGAACUAAUUUUUUA